CAUCGCAGACGGUCGUGCCAGUUGGCAGCUGCAACACACUAGUGCCGAAAGCAAACGCGUCCGCGAUUCGUCCCUCGACGUAGUGAGCGCUUGAGUGCAGUUCCCCAAUCUUCGCUAGAUAAAAGCCCAGCACUUGACAUUCAUCCGCAGGGUAGUCGAACUCUGGCUUAACGUCUGCAGUAAUGCAUUGGAAAUGUUCUCCAUCUCCACGCCCGAGAGCUGGGCAAAACAAUGUGCAUAAGUACUUGAGAGUUACAGAAUAUCGAAAGUGAAGCAACGGGCUAGAACCAGGAUCUCAGCCAAAGCAGCCGAAGCAGCCAAGUGCCGGCGCAAUCAGAGGCAGACAAUUAGGAAAGAGUGCGGGCGUUAAGCAAAGUCCGGACCGGCGUUAGCAAAUAAAAAAUGAAAAUUAAAAUAUUUCCGCUGACAGCGGAUGCAGCGACGAUUGCCACGCGCCGCCAGGACAGACGUAGUGCGGGGGCGGGAAGGGGAAGGGGAAAGGGUAAGGGGAAGCUGCUGCGGAAGCGAGAAAUGCCGGAAAUAUCCUCGCAGCUAAUUGUUGCCGCUGCCACCGCCGCCGCAGCCUCGCUCCUCUGCCUGUCCCUCUCGCUCUCCGUCUGCCACGCCCACGCCCACUCCCACACCCACGCCCAGGAAAGCGACGACGAGGGCGAGCUGCACCACCUGGACCAGCUGCACCACCAGCACCAGGACUUCAUCAUCGGCGAGUCCGAGGAGCACGAUCACAUCGCCCACCACUUGGCGGAAAUGCAAAAUAAGGAUGAGCUACUUGAAGACAUUCGCGAGGACACGGUCGUCAAUGCGAUACCCGAGAAAGAUCUUCCAAAGUUCGGUGAGCUCUUGCAGAAUGUGACGGUGCCCGUGAGUCGGGAGGCUAUACUCCAGUGCGUAGUCGACAAUUUGCAGACCUACAAGAUUGCGUGGCUACGUGUCGAUACACAGACCAUUUUAACGAUACAAAAUCACGUCAUAACCAAAAAUCAUCGCAUGAGCAUAACUCACGCCGAGAAACGUGCUUGGAUUUUGCGUAUACGUGAUGUGAAGGAGUCCGACAAAGGCUGGUACAUGUGCCAAAUAAACACGGAUCCCAUGAAGAGUCAAGUGGGCUACCUGGACGUCGUCGUGCCGCCCGAUAUACUGGACUACCCGACCAGCACCGAUAUGGUAAUACGUGAGGGCUCCAACGUGACCCUUAAGUGCGCCGCGACGGGAUCUCCAACUCCGACGAUAACCUGGCGACGCGAAGGUGGCGAGCUGAUACCGCUCCCAAACGGAGCAGAGGCCGUCGCCUUCAACGGAUCCUUCCUGACCAUCGCCAAAGUGAAUCGGCUGAACAUGGGCGCCUACCUCUGCAUCGCCUCCAAUGGCAUCCCGCCAACAGUCAGCAAGCGUGUGAUGCUCAUUGUGCACUUUCCUCCCAUGAUUUGGAUACAAAAUCAAUUAGUCGGCGCUGCGCUCACCCAGAACAUAACCCUGGAAUGCCAGUCGGAGGCGUAUCCCAAGUCCAUCAACUAUUGGAUGAAGAACGAUACGAUUAUCGUGCCGGGCGAGCGCUUUGUGCCGGAAACCUUUGAAUCGGGCUACAAAAUAACCAUGCGCCUGACCAUAUUCGAAGUGGACAUCCAGGACUUCGGGGCCUAUCGAUGUGUGGCCAAAAACUCCCUUGGCGACACAGACGGCGCGAUCAAACUGUACCACAUUCCGCAGACCACCACGAUGACGACAAUGGCUCCGACCGUUUCGAUCAACACAGUGCCCGUGGUCAUGGUGAAGUACAACAAAGAUCAACGCUACGGCAACAGCGGCAACCAGAACGCGAAUGGCAACAGCAACAACAAUCCGUACAACUUCAACCCGGGCAGCGGGCAGCAGAGCACGAAGCUGCAGCGCGGCAAGGCCAACAACAAGGGCCAGGAUCAGGCCUCCUCCGGACUGAACAACGUCUUCGUGGGGGCCACGUCCAGUCUGUGGAACUCGCAGGAUCACCACUCCUCGUCCUCCUCGCGGGGAAGGGAUCACCACCAGCAGCAGCACCAGCAGCACCAGCAGCAGCAGAAUCUCGGUUCCGAUCACAGCGCCUCCUAUCGCUCGGACGGCAAGAGCCCGUACCCCGUGAAGCAUGACGCCAAGUCCUUGACCGACGACCUGGAUCGCAUGCAGGACCUGAAGGGCUGGGCAUCCUGUCUCGCACCGUACUUGCCGAUCCUAACGCUUCCGAUGGCUUUGGGGGCGUGGCCCGGCUAAUCUAUUCGAUGGAAUGUGUACAAAACAUCAUGGAAACCCAGUGCUAGACUAACUAAGAUAAACUACUUCGUAAGCAAUACCCUCAUAAAUCGUGUUGGUCAAGAUAAAUCUAUAAUUUUUGUGCUAUUCGGAAAGUUGCUUACUGUAAAAAGUUGUUGAUGUUUAAGGUAAAUCUAUAGUAUAAGCUAAAAGUUGAAUGAUCGGCUAUUAAAUGGAGGAAACUGGAGUUCGCAACGGAAAUACAAAGUAUUAGAAUGUAAAGCAUUAGGGCUUAAGCCAAAAAAAUGGUCUUUGGCAUCGAACAAGCGUUGCUAUUUAUAUUUCUGGCCUUAUAAUUCCGGUUUAUUAGUUUUAUAUUUUUUUCUCCAUUGCGAUAAAUAAAAACUUGCAUUCGUUUUAGAUCUUUUUGCCAAGUAUGAUAGAAAUAACACAUUUGUGCCAUAUUUGACCAAAAUGAACGCCAUUUCAUACUAUUUCUAAUGUUUUGAACAUAAAUAUAGUUUAUAGAUGAAAACAUUCUGAGUGAGUUUAAGGUAAAGUAUACAGUGGCGGAAAAAGAUAAUAAAAACGCGUAGAAAUUAUUCAAUUGUUUCUCACUAUAAAAAUAGAAACCAUUUUUUUUAUAUUUUUUAUAUUAAAGAACAUCAAUUUAUAUUCAAUUUUUUUGUUAACAGAAAAAAUAAAAUAAAUAUUUUCCUUGGAAAAAAUAAUAGAAACUUUGCACUUAAGUCUCAAAAACACAGUAUUUAUUUGAUUGUUUAAAGUGUAUGACUGAUUCGUUUUAUAUUUAGUGAUAUAUUAAUCAGUUUUUAAGCUUGCAGAGCACUAACGAGGUAACUAAAUUUUCAGAUUGGAACAAAAUUGGUUGUUACUGGCGCACCGCUAUAUUUUUUGUAAUUUUCCCACAAUUCUUUCUUAUAUUCGGAUUUAAGAAUAUAGAAUUCGUUUUUAAGGAACCCUUCAAAGUUCUAAGUCAAAUUUUGGAGCAUUGGUUUUACCGGCCACUCCAAAAUAUGAAUUCUCUUUUUUCCAGGGAAAAAAGUUAAAGAGGGCUUACACGCGCUUCUGGUCAUUAUCCUGUCUAAAUGCUUACUUUAAAUCGCUGUCUUACUCAUGAUAUGACGGUAAUAAACUCUUAAGUAUGUUAAAAAAGUCUAGAACCUACAUUUGUUCUUACAUUAAGAGUAUCAGACCGAUAGCCAAAGCUAAAAAAAAACUGUCUAGCAUGAUUUUGCCAUAUCAUUUUAAAAGAAGUUUUUGUGUGUUUCCCAUGGAAUGAAGUAGUCUUUUGGCGCUUUGUAAACGGUUAACAACCAUAUUUAAACAAAUAACUUAACUCAAUAACUUGCAUACAUAUUUAAAAAUUGGCCUUUUAGUGCAGACGAAAUGGUCGUUUCUAAUAUUAUUUCCGCCACUGUAAGUGUCAGGGGCCAGGAAUAUAAAUAUCUACAAAAUGAGACUCGAACCUAAAUUAGAUCUAAGUCACCGGGUUCAGCCGAUAAAAAUAUUUUUAUUAACAACCCUGUUCUAGCUUAGUUUCCGAGCACUGCAAGCUGUAUAAUAAAUAUAACAUUAACAAUUUCAUCUUGAUUUGGAAAUAAAUAAAAAUGCCGUCUUAAAUCAUG